GAGUUUGGGUCGUUCGAGUAAACCUUGUUUAUUUAAAGUCUGCUAAUAUAUUCCUUUACAAAACGUAGAUUAUAUCAACUAAUCAAGUAGUGGUGUAAGGAUGAUGUAUUUCUACACGUAACAGUUUGUCUGAUGUAGGGUAAACCCGGGAAAGCGUCAUAGUCGGCCAUCUCAAUUUGUGGAGGUUUUGUUUUGCUUAUGACGCAGGGUAGAGCGUCUCUGCCGCUUUCGGUUCAGUCGUUUAAAAAAGAUUUUUUUUUGCCGAUUUGGUCAUCACACACUUUCAUCAAGAUGAUUGAGGUGGUGGCCUCCAUGGCCCGGGGGCCUGUGUUUCUGGCUGGGGAAGUGCUGGAGUGCCUCAUCACCUUCACCAAUCCAAUGUCCCAUCUUUCCACUAGUGCAAGCAGUGAGAUGCUUGCAUGGGCUAGUGCUCAGAUCCACUGCCAGUUCCAUGCUAGUGAGAGCCGUGUGGCUUUGCCCACUCAGGGCACCAAGCAAGACGUGCAGGCAGAGAAUGACACUGUGCUCAUCCCCAGCAGAGGGGAGCGAGGCCAGUGCAUGCUGGACACUCCUCCCAAGAUCCUCUUCUGUGACCUGCGACUAGACCCUGGAGAGAGUAAAACCUACACUUACAGCGAGCUCGUCCCCAUGGACGGCCCUCCUAGUUUUCGCGGUCAAGCAGUGAAAUACGUUUACAAACUGACAAUUGGCUGUCAGAGGGUUAACUCUCCAAUCAAGCUGCUGCGUGUCCCCUUCAGAGUGCUCGUACUGCAUGGCAUGCCUGAGCCUCCCUUCCUACAGGAUGAGGAAGUGUCACCCACAAACCCUUUCCUGGAAGAUGAAGAGGGGGGGAGAAGAGACACGAGACCACUGGAGCGAGCACUAGACAUGCUGAUGAUCACAACCUCACGUCGUUGUCCACAUCUGUUCAAUAUCACUAACGUGCGAGGGAAAGUGGCCAAAUUCUGUAUCUUUAAGACUGUGUACAGACUAGGAGAGGACAUCAUUGGCACAUUUACCUUUUCAGAGGGAGAUAUUCCAUGUCUACAGUACUCAGUGAGUCUGCAGAGUGAGGAAGAGGUCCAUGAGCAGUUUCAGAGGCGACCGGCUCAGGCAGUCAGUGUCACAAGUCAUGGACGGCAUCUGGAGUCCUGCCUUCACACAGCCUCCAGCCACUUCUCCCUUCCGGUUCCUCUCAAUGUAACACCCGGUUUCAGCACUGACAUCGUAAACCUAAGAUGGCGUCUACACUUUGAAUUCGUUACAGCAAGAGAGCCAGUGGAGUUGCCUACCGUCCUUCAAAACCAAUCAGAAGUCACUGUAUGGACUGGGGCAGAGCAGGUGGAUGUGGACACCUUCAGCUGGGACCUGCCAAUCAAAGUGCUUCCCACCAAUCCGGCACUGGCUUCGUAUGUUUCACAGUUUACAGGGACGAAUAGUAUCAAUAUCUGAGUGUGUGUGUGUGUGUGUGUGUGUGUGUGUGUGUGUGUGUGUGUGUGUGUCUUCAUUCUAUGAGAUCAGAUCAAAAACCAGCAGCAUCAUGAUUUUUGGUCUUUUAUUUGUUUUUAUCUUGUGUGUAUACGUUGGUCUGAUUUUAACACGACAGACAUAAACAUUGAACCUUCUUCUAUAUUUAUUGUAUUUCAUCCUGGUGAGCACAUGUAUGUGGUUUUACAUGAACUCACUAAAUACAUGCUCUAUUUUUUUAUAUAUCGUUGCUUUUCUGUUAAAUGUGUAUUUCUGACAGAUUCUCUAUUUAGAGUUAUUAACAGUGUUUUGAACUCUUGGUAAAUUAAAGAGUGGAAUCAUAAAUGCA